ACUUCCGGUUUACACAAGUCAGCUGAUCUUUUUCAUUCCUGUCUACUUGGCUCCUCUUGCAAACAUGUCGGGGAAAGAUAGACUUCCAAUUUUUCCCUCUCGGGGAGCUCAAAUGUUGAUGAAGUCAAGACUUCAAGGUGCUACUAAAGGCCAUGGAUUGCUGAAGAAAAAAGCAGACGCUUUACAAAUGAGAUUCAGAAUGAUACUUGGAAAAAUUAUUGAGACAAAAACACUUAUGGGAGAAGUUAUGAAAGAAGCAACUUUUUCACUGGCUGAAGCUAAAUUUGCCACUGGAGACUUUAACCAAGUAGUACUCCAAAACGUUACAAAAGCCCAAAUAAAAAUAAGAUCCAAAAAGGAUAAUGUUGCCGGUGUAAAUUUGCCAGUAUUUGAAUCAUACCAAGAUGGUACUGACACAUAUGAGCUAGCUGGUUUAGCUAGAGGUGGUCAGCAGCUUGCCAAGCUGAAGAAAAAUUAUCAGAAAGGUGUUAAGCUUCUUGUUGUCUUAGCUUCUCUUCAAACUAGCUUUGUCACUCUUGAUGAAGUUAUUAAAAUCACUAACCGUCGUGUUAAUGCCAUUGAGCACGUUAUUAUUCCAAGGAUCGAGAGGACUCUUGCAUACAUUAUUUCAGAAUUAGACGAACUUGAGAGAGAAGAAUUCUACCGUCUCAAAAAAAUUCAAGACAAGAAGAAGGCCAUCAAAGAACAGGUGGAAGCUGAUCUUGAAGAACUAAUUGCUGCCGGUCAUGAUGUUGAUGGUGCCAAUAUGUUGGAUGAAGGAGACGAAGAUCUUCUAUUUUAAAAACUUGUAAAUUUAAUUUUCACGCACACAAGAAAAUUUGUCGUGAAAUAGACUUCAGCGUUAAAACGAGAGAUCUUUAUAAAUUUGUUGAGUCUUUAAUCGAUAUAGCUAAUGACUCUUUAGCUUUCUCCUUUAUAGACUCAUAAUAUCAAUUUUGUACAGUCAAUUUCAUAUGAUAACGCUGAAGAAAUAAUUUCUUGUUUGUAGAAUUUUAAAAACUCCAUUUAUUUAAUCGAUCUAAUCCUUACAUGGUCUAAAUUAAUGAAUAUAAUUGAAAAAUAUUUUAUUAAAUGUUAUAUUUUUUAUUUAAUUAAAAAUGUACAUUCAAGAGUGUCAAGUUGAAUUGAACUCUUGGCAUAAAUAUAAAAGUAUCAUUUUGUGAAUAUCACUCCGAAGCUUGCAUGAGCGUAUAUGUAUAGUAUUAUACUAAAAAUAUAAGGUAUUAUAUGAAAUACUAUAAAGUUAAAAUAAAUGUUAUAGUUCUAUUAA